GAGUGAAGCCAACAGAUAACAAUACGAGAUGGGUUGAACAAGACAAGGAAAAGCGUGAGAAGAUUGAAGCUUUGAAAGCGUUGGCUGCAACGAGUGGUGCAUCCACCAUUUCAUUCAUUGUUAAACCAGACUGUGAAGAUAUCGAAACGUGGUGUUCCAAUCGCAUGCAUGACAAGUACAUCGAAUCGUUUGUGCAACAGGUGACAGAGCGCCUACGGCACCUGGUUUCUUCGUUAGCUGUGCUGUCAAAACCACGGAAUGACGAGCGGUCGCUAGCGAAAACUGAGAACGAUAUUCACGUGGCGUUUGCUGAUGCGCAGCUGCCGAAGAAUUGGCUUUCACGCGCUGAAAUUGAUAGGAAAUUGAAAGCCUGGACGGAAGAGUCUAAAUGCGCUUAUGUGCACAUCCGAGGAAACGAAGCCACCGGAAAAACAGCAAUCAUUUGUCAACUUCAUGCACUGCUUGCAAAAAAGCGCUGCUAUGUGAUCACCAGAUUUGUUAAUUUGACACAUGAAUCGGAAUAUGCGCACGAACUCUGGCAUGGUAUAUGUAUGACGCUAUGCCUGCUAUCAGAGCAGGACAGAAAGCCGUUGUUAAGCUCAUUUCACUUAUCAUCGACACUUUCAAUAUUCAAAUCACUGUUGCAAAAGCUAGAUCGACCUGCAUUUGUGCUUAUCGAUGAUGCUAACUUGAUCAAAUAUGGGCGGAUUCUCAGCAUUCUGGAUAAGCCGUUCAGGAAAUGUUUAUCAAAUCUUGUGUUAAUUGCUACGUCAAAUUCAUCGACAACAAUUCCAUUCAUGCCAAAUCCCAUACUAUUUGAA